GUCUUCGUUUUGCAUCAACUACAGUCGGUCUCAAAACUGAGGCUGAAGUGGACACAAGUGAAAAUGAGAUUGUUGCCCCAGACUUCACUAACAGGAAUCCUCGGAACUUGGAGCAGUUGGCCCUGGCUAGGAAGGAGCGUGGCUGGAAGACAACGUGGCCAAAGCGUGAAUUCUGGCAUAGAUUACGGCUUGAGCGAACACAGCAUUAUGUAGAAGCUUUCGUUGAGCGUUGCAAUGGGGAUGUUGUGGUAUCUGCCUCUACCCGAGAAUGGGCCAUAAAGAAACACUUGUACAGUCCCAGGGGAGUAACAGCGUGCAGAAACCUCGGCCGCGUCAUGGCACAGCGCUGUUUGGAAGCGGGAAUCAACUUUGUGAACUUUAAAGCCGUCAUCCCGUGGGAAUAUCGUUGUGACUCGAUUCAGGAAUUCGAAAAAGCUAUGGAGGAGGGUGGUGUCGUUCUGCGUGAGCCACGAAGAAUCUAUGAGUAA